AUGUUACCUGUCGCGAUAAUCACUGCCAUUGCCACGUUAGUGAGCGUGGCUACUGCAAGACCGUCAUUAAAUUAUUUGGAAAGCCACUUUUCCACGGAGAACGAGUCUGAAGAAGUACGUUCUGCAGCUAUCAAGAGGCUGCUGGAGGUGUUUGGGAUGGAGGACGCUCCUCUCCUCCGGGGCGACAAGCAGCCGCCUCAGUACAUGGUUGACCUGUACAACACUGUCGCAGAUGUGGACGGCGUUACCAAGGACCCCUACAUUCUGGAGGGGAAUACAGUGCGCAGCUUCUUCGACAAACUGCACAGUGAACAAAUUGAGUUCCUGUUCAACUUGUCCAUGGUGGCCAGGAGUGAGAAGGUUCUAACCGCGGAACUCCAUCUCUUCAAGCUGCGGCCUCAGGCUUCUGCGACUUUCAACAGAUAUCACUUCUGUCAGGUCAGUGUCUACCAGCUUCUGGAUAGCAGCAAAAUGAACAUUACUCAGGGGAAGAAGCUGCUGUCUUCCAGACUGAUCCCUGUCCACUCCACUGGCUGGGAAGUGUUCACCAUUACACAAGCUGUGCGUUCCUGGAUGGCUGUUGAGGGCAAUAACCUGGGUCUUCUGGUCACAGUGCAGACCCUGGGAGGAAGCCAGAUGGAUAAGAAGGUGGUGCGUUUUUCUUCGGGCCGUAACCACCAUAAAAGCAAGCAGCCCAUGCUGGUGCUGUUCACUGACGAUGGCCGCCGUGCAGCCGCUCUGGAUAAUACAGUCAAAGAUCCCAAUGAGAGCCCAGCUGUCCCCGGCCUGCCCAACCUCCCCAACGCCCCAGGCUUCCACCGCAGCACCCGCUCCCUGGACUAUGACGAGGACGAAGAGAAGAUGACGUGCCAGCGCAUGCCACUCUACGUGGACUUCGAGGAGAUCGGCUGGUCCGGGUGGAUCGUGUCGCCUCGGGGGUACAAUGCCUACCACUGUAAGGGCUCCUGCCCCUUCCCCCUGGGCCAGAACAUGAGACCCACUAACCACGCCACCGUCCAGUCUAUCAUCAACGCUCUGAAGCUGACUAAAGGCAUUGAGACGCCGUGCUGCGUGCCAGACAAGCUCUUCUCCAUCAACCUGCUGUAUUUUGAUGAUGAUGAGAAUGUGGUGCUGAAGCAGUAUGAUGACAUGGUGGCAGGAAGCUGCGGCUGCCAUUGA